AUGUUUUCCACUAAUUUUAUGAAUGUUUCUUCUUCCAUUGUUAAAGACGAACAAAAACGUAAAUCUUCGAUAGCAAUUACCGCCACAGAUGAAUACAUUGGUCAUUCAUUAGCUCAUUAUUUACUUUAUAAUCAUCGCGAUAAUAUAAAGGUGCUUCAUGCAAUUGCAAAACAUCAAAAUGAAAAGCUUCUAAAAGAUUUGAAAGAUUUAGACAAGGCAUUCUCUGGUGAAUUAGAUGGUGUUAUGUUCUUCACUGAAUCCGACGAAAGAAAAGUCGAAUUUUCCGAUAAAAUGAUCCAGUCAUUUAAAAAAGUUAAGACUAAACAUGUCAGUCUAAUUUCGAUAAUCGAAGCAGACUCUGAUUGUCCUGCCUUGAAACUUUUUAAAGAAAUUUGA